AAAAAAAAAAAACCGGAGAAUUACACAGGAAGGAAGGAAGGAAGGAUCAGCAAGCUCUGGAGCUUUGAAGAUUCAAUUUCUUUCUUUUUUUUUUUUGUUCAUCGUAGAUGUCGUGUUACCCCUUCGCGUUCUGAUUUGGUCCGUUUGUUUCGGUUUUGGUGGGAUUGAGAUCAGUCUAAUCUAUUUCUGCUGAGCGUUUCUUGAUAUCUCAAGACUCGGUUCUGAGAUGAAAGUGGUGUAGCAUUUUUCAACUGCUCCAAGAAAAUGAGUUCAACCGCUUCGAGUCCCCAAAGAGUCCUGCAACCAGGUGGUUAUAAUGGUAAUGACUCUCGAACCAGCAGCACUUCUAGUUCUUUUCUGCGUCCAGAGUUAGAAUCCAGCGAAACCGAAGAAGCAGAGCUAGUUUCUGUCUCCUGGAACCAGGACUCCAGUUGUUUCGCUGCUGGAACAAGUCAUGGCUUCCGCAUAUACAACUGCGAGCCUUUCAAAGAAACUUUCAGACGCGACCUGAAGAACGGUGGUUUCAGAAUCGUGGAGAUGCUUUUCCGAAGCAACAUCUUGGCCCUUGUUGGCGGUGGACCUAACUCUCAGUACCCUUCGACCAAAGUCCUGAUCUGGGAUGAUCACCAGAGCCGCUGCAUCAGUGAAUUUUCUUUUAGGUCUGAGAUUCGUGCGGUGAAGUUAAGUAGGGAUUGGAUUGUUGUUGUUCUUGAGCAUAAGAUAUACGUCUACAGUUUCGUGGACCUGAGGCUUCUUCUUCAGAUUGAAACUCACGCGAAUCCGAGAGGAUUGUGCUGCCUUUCUCAUGACUCGGAUACGUCUGUGCUGGCUUGCCCUGGUUUACUUCGAGGAGAGAUUCGAGUUGAACAUUUUGGGCUUAACAUGGUGCAAACCGUAAAUGCGCAUGACGCUAGUAUUGCGUGUAUGACCUUGACGCUUGAUGGUUUGUUGCUCGCAACUGCUAGUACAAAGGGCACACUUAUUAGAAUCUUCAACACAAUGGACGGAACUCGUUUGCAAGAGGUAAGAAGAGGAGUAGACAGAGCAGAUAUUUAUAGCAUUGCGCUUUCACCGAACGUGCAGUGGCUGGCAGUAUCAAGCGACAAGGGGACUGUUCACAUUUUCUCUCUUAGAGUUAGGGUAGUUGGGGAGGAUUCUGAUUCCACUGAGAGUGCAGCUCUCUUGACUCAACAAACUUAUUCUAAUUCUCUGCAAGGCCUUGUUUCUCCAGCCACUGGUACCAACCCCGGUUCGUCAUUGUCUUUUAUGAGAGGUGUUCUACCAAAGUAUUUCAGCUCGGAAUGGUCAUUUGCACAGUUCCAUGUAUCAGAAGUCACACAAUUCUUCGCAGCAUUUGGCAGUCACAACACGGUUGCUAUUACCGGCAUGGAUGGAAGUUUCUACAGAUGCAGCUUUGAUCCUGUGAAUGCGGGAGAGAUGGUGCAGCUUGAACAUAUCCACUUUCUAAAGACUGAUAACCGCCCAAGAUAAGUCAAAUUCAUUUAAGCCUUUGUACAUAACCAUGUCUAUGUAAAUAGAUUUGGUUGAGACUGCAUAUGAUUUGAUUCAUUGGAUAUUUUCUACUUUGGAUGAAGGACCUGCAUUAUAUUGAUUGGGACUAUAUACAUAGCUACAUAUCAA